AUGAAGGCUACCUUCAACUACAGUCAUGGCGUCCUGGCUGGUGUCACCAUCGUCACUCGAUUGGUUGAUGCUUCUGGUCUCACCAUGUUCCGUCAAGGCUCUCUUUCUGGCGCGGGCCUACCGUCUGUCUGCGAAGCCACUCUGUACCAGACCAUGAACUGCGCCGAUCAGACUGCAGAUCUGGCCGUGAAUGGAUAUCUUGACAGUGAUGAUCCGGCAGUGACCAAGCUAGUCUGCCGCGCAGCCUGUGGAGGUGCUAUUGGACAUAUGCGAACAAAGAUUGCUUCAGCUUGCGGCGAUGAGGAGAUGGUCCCUGGCAUGUCUUUUGUCUAUAUGGUUAAUAAUCUCUGGAGCAAUUGGAACCAGACUUGCUUCACUGACCCGAAAACAGGAGAGUUCUGUCACGACGUUAUUGCCGCCUUUCCAGACGUCGACAAUUCCUCUCAACUCCCCAAGUCUGACUUGUGCUCUUACUGCAAUAUUGAGCAGUAUAAGAUGAUGCAAGCUGACGCUUACAGUGGGGCUUAUAAUGAGUAUGUGCAGUCUGACUAUGAGUUCGUUGCAAAGGCCUGCGACCUAAAGGUGGACAACUUCAACGCCACUGACAGUGCAUUGAAUAUCACGAAGCCCGAUACCAGUAGCGAUAUCUCUGGCGAUAGCUGCGACUCGAUUGCGCUGUCUCAGGGAGUAUCUUCAGCAACCAUGUAUUACAUUAACUCCAAUAUCUUCGACUGUACUAAGAUCGCUGUUGGUACGAAUCUCUGCCUUCCGCUUACAUGUACCAAGAUUCAUCAGGUUCAGGAAGGCGAUAGCUGUCUCGAUAUCGCUUUGAACAACGGAAUCAUGAGCGAUCAGUUUCUUUCAUACAAUACUCAGCUGAAUUGGAACUGCACCAAUCUGCACGAUGCGGAUCCUUACUGGGGCAGUGCCUUGUGUGUUUCAACUCCUGGGGGGAUAUAUGCUGGGCAGCCACUUAAUAACAACACUGCGAACGUCGACCCCCAGCGCGUUGAUCCCCCUUCUGGUACGCCCGUUGCCAACGGCACUACCCUGGAAUGCAACCAUUGGUUCUCAUACGAUGGUGACCUCAGCUGCACGCAAAUUUGUCUUGCAAAUGACGUUGCCAUCAAUCUUUUUACUGAGAUAAACCCGUCUUUGAACAAGACCACUUGCGACAAAGAUUUGACUGUCGGCAACGCUUAUUGUGUUAAGCCUGUUACUGGAUGGGAUCUACCUGCUGCCACCAAGUCCUCUACAGACACCAAGACUUCUACGGUCACCGACUCUCCUACAGGCACCAAAACAACUGCUGCUGCUGCUUCAGCAACACAGACUUCGACUAGCACAAAGGCGCCGGGCCCUACGCAACCUGGUAUCGUUGAUGGUUGCAACAAAUGGCACUACGUCGAUAAUGGAGACGGCUGCUAUUCUAUCGCUGAAAAGUACAAUAUCAAUUUGGCAGACUUUUACAACUGGAACUCCAAGGUUGGCAAUGACUGUUCUGGUCUCUGGUUGCACUACUAUGUUUGUAUUGGAGUCGCAUCCUGA